AUUACCUUUUUUUGUCUCUCCUUCCUCGGGUGAGGUCAUGAUGGUGCAUUGUGCAGGCUGUGAGAGGCCCAUUUUGGACAGGUUCCUGCUGAACGUGUUGGACAGAGCAUGGCACAUUAAAUGUGUCCAGUGCUGCGAAUGCAAGUGCAACCUGACUGAGAAAUGCUUCUCCCGGGAAGGCAAGCUUUACUGCAAAAAUGACUUUUUCAGGAGGUUUGGUACCAAAUGCGCCGGCUGCUCCCAAGGCAUCUCCCCCAGCGACCUCGUAAGGAAAGCCCGAAACAAAGUCUUUCACCUGAACUGUUUUACAUGCAUGGUUUGCAACAAACAGCUCUCGACCGGAGAGGAACUGUAUAUCAUAGACGAAAACAAAUUUGUUUGCAAAGAGGACUAUUUGAACUCGCCCAGUUUAAAGGAAGGCAGCCUCAACUCAGUGUCCUCCUGUACAGACAGAAGUUUGUCCCCGGAUAUCCAGGACCCCAUGCAGGACGAUCCCAAGGAAACAGACAACUCCACUUCCUCGGACAAAGAGACCACCAACAACGAGAACGAGGAGCAGAACUCGGGCACGAAAAGGAGGGGCCCGCGGACUACCAUUAAAGCCAAGCAGCUGGAGACCCUCAAGGCUGCGUUUGCUGCUACCCCCAAACCCACCAGGCACAUCCGGGAACAGCUGGCACAGGAGACGGGGCUCAACAUGAGAGUUAUCCAGGUCUGGUUCCAGAACCGGCGCUCCAAGGAGCGGCGCAUGAAGCAGCUGAGCGCGCUGGGGGCCCGGCGGCAUGCCUUCUUCAGGAGUCCGCGGCGCAUGCGCCCGCUGGGCGGCAGGCUGGACGAGUCGGAGAUGCUGGGCUCUACCCCCUACACGUACUACGGCGAUUACCAAGGCGAUUACUACGGGCCGGGCGGCAACUACGACUUCUUCCCGCACGGGCCGCCCUCGCAGGCGCAGUCCCCGGCGGACUCCAGCUACCUUCCCAACUCAGGACCCGGCUCCACGCCCCUGGGCCCCCUGGAGCCCCCUCUCCCCGGACACCACUCCUCAGAAAACCAAAGGUACACGGAUAUGAUCUCGCACCCCGACACUCCGAGCCCCGAGCCGGGCAUGACGGGCUCGCUGCACCCCAUCCCCGGGGAGGUCUUCAGCGGCGGCCCCAGCCCGCCCUUCUCCAUGUCCAGCAACAGCGGCUACAGCGGGCCCCUCUCGCACCCCACCCAGGAGCUGAGCGAGGCGGCGGUGUGGUAGAGCCCCGCGUGUCCGCGGGGGCACGGCCCCUCGGCCCGGGCACCGGCGCCGGCCUCCCCCCACCUCCUCCGGAUACAGGCACCAGGGAGCAGCUCCGCCCCCGCCCAGCCACACUGAUACCAAAAUCCUCCCUCCGCCUGAGUUUCUGAUCAUCUCCUCUCUAGCCUUCCCGCGCCUGUAGGACCGUGGGGUCCGCCCCGGGCCUCGGAUGUGACCCGUGUGGUACCUUUCUUCCCAGCCACGUCCAAGCAGGCCCUGGCUCCCCCACCGGGCCGGGCUUGAAGGACCUCUCCAAGUCUCUGAAACAGCAUCUCGUGGACCAAAGCUGAACUCGCCUGGGUCACAGGUUUCAACUGAACCCUCUAGACGGACUGAACUUCAUUCUUCCCUUUGUUUUGGGGCGCGGGGGGGAUUCUCUUUGUUUUCUCCCUUUUUUACAACUUUUGUAAUGGAUCGUCCAGAAUCGCACCUCGGUUUUCUUUCAUCUGAAUCAUCUCAAAAGGAAAAAAAAAAAAAGACUCUUUUUUUCUUUACUUAGAAGGUUUCUGUUGACUAUGGUUUGUGGUGAUGGUGGUGGGCCUGGGGAACUGGAAGAAGACAACUUCCACUGGUGACAAGGCGCGCCCUAGUGGUAAGUUCCGGCUCCGCUCCCAAGGACUGCGGGACUUGUCAUGGUCAGGGGGGCUUAAUUGGGGGUUGUUUUGUUUUUCAUGCGGCGAAAAGAUAACUAACACUACCAAUAAAAAAAUCCAAGUCUGAAUGUGUCUAGCAAACACCAAGUCAAAUCCAAAAGUUUAUUGGAGGCUACAUGAAUUUAAGGAUGUAUUAUAGUUUUUGCUUCUAGUUUCUUUAUUUUGUAUAAAGAAAAACAAAUAAAGUAUGUUUUUGUGUUUACUGAU